GCAUUUCAUUGGAUGUCGAUCCAGAGAGUGCAGUGUGGUCAGUUCAAACCGAAGUUAGGCUUUGAUUGAACAGUACUGAUAAAAACAUAUCGCUUUUGACAAAGAUGGCAAACAUGUUUUUUGAUCAACUUUCUUCUAGCGCCAAAAAUAAAGAGAAAACGUCUUCGUCGCCUUCGUCUAAAGAUAAUCACUCAGUGACCAAAAGGUUGCAGCAGGAACUAAUGACCUUGUUGAAAUCAGGAGAGCCUGGUGUGUCAGCAUUUCCAGAUGGUGACAAUCUUUUCUGUUGGGUUGGCACCAUUGAAGGUGGUACUGGAACGGUAUACGAUGGACUGAAGUACAAGUUGUCGUUGGUAUUUCCAAGUGGUUAUCCAUACAAACCUCCAACCGUCAAGUUUGAUACUCCUUGUUACCACCCGAACGUGGACACCCAUGGCAACAUCUGUCUUGAUAUCCUCAAGGAGAAGUGGUCAGCUCUCUACGAUGUCCGAACCAUCCUGCUGUCCAUACAGAGCCUGCUUGGUGAACCCAACAUUGACAGCCCCCUGAACAGCCACGCAGCUGAUUUGUGGCAUAAUCAAACAGCCUACAAGAAAUACCUGCUGGAGAAUUAUGACCGGGAUGUCCGCAGCAAGCAGAGCUCAUGACAAGAUCACAUGUAGUGUUGCCCCUGGUUUACCACCUCUCGAUACCCUUCACUCUGCCUCUCCUCCACCCAUUCCACCUUUGUAGUCUUACAGCAUACAUUUCCAACACCCAGCAUUCUCGCGUCAGUGUUGCCUGACAACACAACAUUCUCACGUCAGUGUUGCCUGACAACACCCAACAUAUAUAUAAGUGUUACCUGACGACAGGCAACAGUCUUACAUAGAUGACACAUUCACCCCUCCAUGUUGUCUGAAAACAUCAUAUUCUCACCUCAGUGUUGCCUGACAACACCC